UUGAAUGGAAUUCGAUUUUUUGUUUAUAGUUAAAUAGUUUUUGUGUUGUUAUUCUAGUUUUUAACGUAACGGUUGAUUCUAUAGCGAUAAGAUACUGUAUAAGAAUUAUGUGCAAUACCUAAAAUAUAUUCAAAUGGAUCCAGUAGAAGAAACACUGGAUUUAUCAAAUAAGAAAUUAAAAAAGCUUAACAAACCCACGCCUCAUGAAUCCCAAGUGACCACGCUUAUUUUAGAUGAUAAUGAAUUACUACGGCUAGACAGUAUAGAUUCAUUUACCAAACUACAAAAGCUCUCAGCAGUUCGAAACCAACUGCUGCGAAUGUAUGGUGUUUGUAGGCUACAUUCACUUCAUACUUUAAAUCUGUCUCAUAAUGGGAUCUUAACCAUUGAAGGGCUUAAGGAGCUGGUAAACUUGAGAUGGUUGGGCUUAGCUGGGAAUAGUAUUAAGACCAUUGAGCAUUUGAAUACCAAUACAAAACUGGAGUAUUUGGAUUUAUCAGAGAAUAGUAUAAGUUAUGUUUCAGAUCUCUCAUAUUUGAAAAAUUUGAAGGAAUUGUACCUUCACAAAAACAAAAUUAACCAUUUAGGUCAGUGUGAUCGAUUUUUACCCUCAAGUUUAACAACACUAACACUAGCUAACAAUAACAUAGCUGACCUGAAUGAGAUAUCCAGGCUAGCUCAUCUAGUGAAUUUAACUAAGAUAUCUAUAGCUAAUAACCCUUGUGUUAACAUGACUGGGAAUAAUAUAGGCUUUGACUACCGUCCAUUUGUUAUUAACUGGUGCUUAAAUGUUAGCGUUAUUGACGACUACGUCGUAGAUCCCAUUGAAAGUUUAAGGGCUGAAUGGCUGUAUUCUCAAGGUAGAGGUCGCAAUUUUCGCGUAGGUGACCAAAAAGAGCUGACCUCUUAUUUAGCCACAGUCUGUCCCCUGACUGGAGAGAGAUUAGAAACGGAAGAAGACAGAAAGUUACGACUGAUCUUAAGUAAAGCUCAACAUCAUCAACAGCAACUGAGACAGCAGUCAUCUGCAAAUGUCACCCCAAAUCCCUCACCUUUGAGUAGGAAGAAGUUACAGGCUAACAAACACUCACCAAGAUUAGCUUCUAGAUUAAGCAACAAAUCCAGAUCUCCAGAUAGAAUGACAUCAAGUUGUUAUAACACCUUGAGUGAAGUGAGUAACAACUCUAUCAUGACUCAGAGCUUGGAUCCAAGUGUGUUGAGGCAAAGUAUCGGAUCUAGAGUGUCGAAUGAUAGUAACAACUGUCAGAGCAUUCCGGAGAAAUGUUUAGACAAUGAACCGAUCAACAGCCCACUACAAGCCCUUUCAAAGAUGGUGCCAGUCCCCGAAUCUUUAAUGAGCCCUGAUUACCGGCCAUCCUUGGCCGAUGGUAAAAAAGACCCCAUGAUGGCCUCGAUGGGCAUCAGCAGAAUAGGAUCACCCAAGAUCACCCAUACAGCCAGGUCAGGAAACAAUAUGUCCAGAUCAGCACCCCCUGGAAGGACCCGGAAUCAACUGAACCAAGAACAUUUGAGGAAAUGUGGAUCUCCAUCACCUUCGAGACAGAAGAUCCGAGAUAGUGGACAUGUCAACAAGCAAGAGACCAACAAAAAGUCCUCCAUUCUUCGUCACCGCUCUCCGAGCAGUGAGGAGGAGUCCGAAAUAUGUGACGCCAAACUUCAAACCAUCCAAAUGAAAGCUGUCGAAAGGAAAAUGCAGAAAGAAGAAGAGGCGAAUAGCAAUUCUGGGGGAGUGGGAGGAGAAGAUAAAGUUGAAAGGGCGGCGAUUUGUAUUCAGAGGAUAUGGAGAGGGUUCUAUACGAGGAACAAGGACAAGGAAGUGCAGGAGAUGUUUAGGGAGUUGCAAAGUCAGAGGGCUAAUCAAUAUAUUCAAAAACUGGCAACUGAUAUGGAAACGACAAAGGCCGCUCUGGAAAGCGAACGCAAAAUCCAAAUGUUGCAAACCGAGGCCAUAAGCGCCCUGUGGAAGAAGAUAUCCGCAUUACAACCCAAUGAAGAAGCAGGAGGUAGUGGACUGACCAGGGACUUCAGCAUGACCAAUUUGGCCAUGAACAAUUCUGACGUGGUCAAGGAACUGUCACAGACUUGCACCAUGUUACAGACACAGAUACAACAGCUGCAAAACUCAAUGCAGGAUAUAGUGAAAGUCAUGACGGUUUUCAGUCAGACUGCAGGCAUAAAUCAUCAGUUAAAUAAUGAAAAUGGUAUUGCUACACAGACAGAAAUUGUUGCCGUACACACUCCACAAGGUGAAGCAGCCAAAGUUUUCCCGUUCCAAAAACAACCACAGUCGAGACCUUCAUCCCUUCCUCUGCCAGUACACCAGAAAAAGAAAGACGCUAAUUUCCAAACCUCGAACAAUGGCGUGGUAAACGCGGAACUCAAGCAGUUUGCUGACAGUCUGGUGGAGAGCGUCAUCAAGAGAGUCGCGGAGGCUCAGGAAGAAACCGAAGGUCAAACGGAGAUUACUGUGACUGAUACUGAUGUCCAUAAACAGCAGAACGAUGAAGAGUCUCAAUGAGAUUGAGGCACUCACUCAGGAUAUGUGAUUCAAGAGGUUUUUUAGGUUGGGUUCAGGCCAAAUAACUUUCCCUAUUUUGACUGGAGGAGACACAAGGUUCUGUUCUGCAUUUUCAGUCUUCAUUAUAACGGGUGAUUUUUAAGAGGUAUAGGAUUUUAUUUUCAAAAAAAAAACACAAAAAAUUUGAGAGAACGAUUAAAUCUUUAUUUGAGUCGAUAGAACGGUCGAUAUAAUUUAAUGUUUAAAGAUUAUUUCAUGUAAAUGCCGCUUUAGAUGGCCCAUGCGCAAGGUCCAAUUUUGGCACACUCUCUCCAACAUAUGGGCCGGUAUCUCACGAAUAAAUGCUUCAAUAUUGGCUUCCAGUGCGUCAAUCGUUGCUGGGUUAUCCCUGUAGACAUUAGCCUUAACAUGGCCCCACAAGAAAUAGUCCAACGGUGUUAAAUCACACGAUCUAGGCGGCCAAUUGACGGACCCCAAACGUGAGAUAAACUGUUCACCGAACUCGCCUCUCAAUAGGGCCAUUGUUUCGUGUGCGGUGUGGCAUGUGGCACCGUCUUGUUGAAACCACAUGUCAGCCAAGUCCAGCUCUUCCAUUUUGGGCAAAAAAAAGUUUGUUAUCAUCGCACGGUAGCGCUCGCCAUUCACAGUUACGUUCCGGCCAUUGUCGUCUUUGAAGAAGUACGGCCCGAUGAUGCCACCGGCCCAUAAUCCACACCAAACAGUGAUUUUUUCGGGAUGCAUUGGUAGCUCUUGCAAUGCUUCUGGCUGGUCUUCACUCCAGAUGUGGCAAUUUUGCUUGUUAACGUACCCAUUCAACAAGAAAUGAGCUUCGUCGCUGAACACAAUUUUUCGAUAAAAAUGUGGAUCUUCCUCCAACUUUGCCAGCGCCCAUUCACCAAAUGGGAAACAUUGUGGGAGGUCGUUUGGCUUCAAUUCUUGCACCAGCUGUAUCUUAUAAGGUUUUACACCCAAAUCCUAUCGCAAAAUUUUCCACGUAGUGGAGUAAUAGAGGCCCGAUUGCUGCGAACGGCGGCGAAUCGACAUUUCACGGUCAUCACUAACACUGGCGGAUACAGCCGCAAUAUUUUCUUCAGUCCUCACUCUACGUCUGCGUGUUGGUGGUGUAAUGUCCAAUAAUGUAAACUGGGUUCGAAAUUUAGUCACAAGCUUCCGAAUAGCUCCCUCAGUAGGCCGACCAAAUCGCCCAUAAAUUGGAAGCAGUGCUCGAUGCACUCUCUUAACCGAGCAUGAAUUUUGAUAGUAAAAUUCAAUAAUUUGCAAGCGUUGUUCGUUCGUAAGUCGAUUCAUGGUUAAAUUAUAGACCAAAUUGUCAAGUUUGACAAUGACACAAGACACGAUUCACGCGUCAUCUGUCAAAAACAGUGUUGCCAAAAAGAUACUAGCAAAAAAAUCACCCAUUAUAUGAAAAACUAUAAUUUAAGCGACAUGUUUAUCAGCUAUAAUUAAACCGGCAAUCAGAACCAUAGUCACCAGAAUGAUUCUGUUUGUAGGUAGCUAAAGUAUGAUUAAAAAAAAUGUUCGAAUCGAAUAUUUUAGUUCUAUUUUGUUUUGUGGACUGUAUAUAAUGCCGCAUUUUUUUAAUUUUUAUAUUAAUAUCCAGUAAUAAUCAGAAAUGUCUGCCAAUUGGAUGAAAAAAUAGUGGUCCCAAGUUGGUUUGGAUGCACUCUAAAAAAGCUGUCUAAUAGGAUUGUAGUAGCUUGGAGAAAGAAUUCUUUAUAGAGAUGCGGUUUAACCAUUUGAGCUUUUAAAAUUAUAAAGUCUAUAAUGAUUUUUUAAAGUAACAAAAAAAAUAUUUUGAUGCAAGGAGUAUGUAUUAAUGACCUGAGUGCCGGAAGCCUAAAGCUACUUUCUCAACUGUCACGUUAUACGAAAUAUUUUAAUUCGUUGUCACACAUUCCGGUAUACCAUUGAUCAGCGAAUUCUGUCUGAAUAUAGUCUAUUACUGUAUCUCAGCGUCCAAAAAAUCAUCCGAGAUAAAAUGAGCGCCAUCUAUGAGAAUUUGUCAAGGUUCUGCUUCUCAUCUACACGCUACUUAGAAAUCUACUUUGGAAAGGUUAGUUAUCUCAUAGAGAGAGCAUUUACAGCGCCAUAUAUUUUUUCAAACUAAAUUCCUAGUUAUUGCGGAGAGGAGACACAUAGCUGUGACAGAUUCUCAUAGAUGACGCUAGGAUAUCUCGAGUCAUUUCGGAUAUUUUUUUGGAAAUACAGAUAAAUAUUUUAAUCAAUAAAUAUACAUAGUUGGCGAUAAAGGACAAAUGUGUCGAGGAGCAUACAGUAAUGGACAAAAGUAAAGGGUGUCUCAUAAAUAUUUUCUUAUUUUAUGCCAUAAAUAAAAAUACUUAGAAUAUUUUUACAAAGAUAAAUUUAUUACCAAACGAAAGCCUAAACAUUAAUUUUAUUUAUGGAAAAGAGUAUCGGAUAAAUGAGCACCGUUCAUGUUUUCACACUCUCUUAAUCUCGAACUGAAGUUUUCGAUCACUCUCCGAAGCAUUGCUCGAG